CUUCGAUACACGAGCCGAGCCUUGGGAUCGGAUCCUGCCUAAUUUUCAACGGCGGGUAGGUUUCCAAAAAAAACAAUAGCUGUUUGAGAAUCGUCGAUUAAACCAUUCGUCACGUCGCCCUGCUGUGUCGGCCUGUCAACUUUCUCUCUCCGACCGGCCUCUUUUCCUUUGACCUAUUAUUCUGACUUUGUCUUGAAACCGCAGAAGCAGAGGCAAAGACGUCCGCAUGGCCGUCGAUGGUCUGUCUCGGCGGGUGCGCUGCCUAUUCUUCGCCCUUCUGUUUGCCGUACUGUUUGGGCCAAAUCCAGUGCGGUCAGCCCGAUCCGUCAACUCGACCGAGAUAGACCUCAUCUCUCCAGUGGCCGGAGGCCGCUACCGCGUCAACCCGGACACGGGCUUAGCAGUAGUGCUCGCGGUGCAGAACAGGCAGGCCGCAGACUAUCACAACUGGACCUUAUUCUGGAGCAUCACUUCCGCCAAUCGCACUUAUACUUGGUGGGGAUCGCAUGCUUGGGGGACCUUUAGCGACUUCGGCACGCCGCAGGGCCUCGAUACGUCCUUCACAGUCCAGGAUGGGGACCCUGUCAUUGGUGUAUCGCGCCCGUGGCUUCCAUCGGUCAUGCCACUGGGAGAAUUCGUGUUCGAGUGGAGUUUUUCCAUCGGGCCGUGGUGUAACAUCACUGACAAGCGGCGGACCUACUUCGCCGGCCUCGGUAUCAGCACCGGGACGUUCAACAUCACAGUGGCCGACGAUGCGCCGUGGCCCGCCUUCAACCCCACGAGUUGCGCCUCGCCUCUCGGGCAGGUCAGCUUCUCUAAAACCUCUGCGUAUACCGCUGGUUUUCCCUCUCCUGCGACACUUUCUUGCGUCAUUACCCAGUCCGUUACCGAUACGCUAGAUCCAUGCCGUGCCACGGUUGGCCCAGCGCAGGCCGAGAGCAUCUCGAGCAUCAUGUCUUGGUCGAGCUUCCCUAGAGAAACGCCGACACCGUCGUCAGUCAACCCAACCUUUUCAGCGCCUUUCAGGGUGUCAUCAGGCAGCCCAACCUCGACCGCCAGCACAACUCCGGUAUUGCUAAAUGGAGCCCCUACCUCGACAAACUCGGCAGGCCGUUUGCGGGUUAACAUCUUUAGUUUUGUGGCAUUAUUUGGUCUGACCUGGAUUCUUAGAUGAAGGACUAAUUACGACGAUAAGAUGAGAGAUAAUGAAUAGAUGAGAGUCUAAGCAGUGUCAUAGUCGCUCUUGAAUUUGAUCAAUCGUUUACUACUUUCUAAAU